AGUGACGUGUACAUGGUGUGACGUUGCAGUCGAGGAGGAGUUCCACAAUAAUCCAAACAUCGAGCCAAAACGUUGCGGCGAUUUAUAGUAAUCAAUAUCGUUUUGUCGCAUUAAAAUCACUGGACAGCAUGGCUGCUCAGAAGAUAAACGAAGCUCAUGAACACAUAGCUAAAGCGGAAAAAUGCUUAAAGACGAGCCUCACCAAGUGGAAGCCUGAUUAUGACAGUGCUGCAUCAGAAUACGGCAAAGCAGCCGUGUGCUUCAAGAAUGCCAAGCAGUAUGAACAGGCCAAGGACGCCUACCUAAAGGAAGCUGAGAGUCACACAGAAAACAAGACGCUUUUUCAUGCAGCAAAGGCCAUUGAACAGGCUGGGAUGAUGAUGAAGGAGCAGAAGAAGAUGCCAGAGGCCAUCCAGUACAUAGAGAAGGCCUGUAUGAUGUACAUGGAGAACGGGACGCCUGACACGGCUGCUAUGGCUCUGGACAGAGCUGGGAAACUAAUUGAACCUAUAAACCUGGAGAAAGCCGUGGACCUGUAUCAGAAGGCAGCCGGAGUGUUUGAGAAUGAAGACCGUCUCCGUCAGGCAGUUGAGCUGCUGGGCAAAGCAUCCAGGCUCCUGGUCAGGUUAAAAAGGUUGGAUGAAGCUACAGUUGCUCUGCAGAAAGAGAAGAACAUGUACAAAGAAAUUGAGAACUUCCCCAUGUGUUUUAAGAAAACAACUGCUCAAGUGCUGGUUCAUCUUCACAGAGCUGAUUUUGUCGCAGCUGACAAAUGUGUCAGGGAAAGUUACAGUCUGCCAGGCUACAGCGGAAGUGAAGACUGCGUCGCCAUGGAGACCCUACUUCAGGGGUACGACGAGCAGGACGAUGACCAGGUUUACCGUGUGUGCAACUCACCUUUACUGAAGUACAUGGACAAUGAUUAUGCCAAACUGGCCAUUUCCCUGAGAGUACCAGGGGGAGGAAAGAAGAAGGCCCCUGCUGCUCCACAGGGUGGCGGUAGUGCAACGUCAGCUGCAGCUGAAGAGGAGGACGACUAUGAGGGCGGGCUGUGUUAGUCUCCAUCCUCCACAUCCUGCUUCUCCACCCAUGUGCUGCUCUACCAUCACACCCUGUGUGUAUGUUUAAAAAAGAAAAGAAAAGAAGAAAACCCUUUAUUUAUCUCUAAAACUCACAUGGAUGACUGUUUUAACUCAGAAAAUGGGUAAAAAAAACUCAGAUUUAAAUGUGUGGAAAUUAAAGAAGAAAAAUUAGAGCUUGGGAGUGGCGGGGCGGGGGGUCAUUCUUCAAUGUUGAAUAAUGUAUAAAAGACUGUUGUAUGUACAUGUGUUAUUAUUGUGUCUAGUGGUAUAUAUGUUACUGCUGUAGGUUUACAUUAGUAUAUAAAAAAUUAUUAAAAUUUAUCCAAGAAGAAUAUACACGAUGAAUAGCCCGGUAUGAUGGUGUUAGUUGAUUUGAGGUGUUUAUUGAUUUAAGGUGUUUUACUCAGUAUUGGUGGCUGAGGAAAUGGACUGGGACGAUAUGCAAUCACUCACUUUCUGCAUGUUAAGAAAAGCCACGCUGCAAUGAACUCAUGAAUAUUAUCAACUGAUUCGCAUGACUUUCUUUCCUAAAAGAAGGGAAUAUUCCAAAAGUGGAAAAUAACACUCACCAGGAAACAGUUUCAUCUAAACCUCAAGCCUGACUCACUAAGUAAACAAAAAGGGACCAUGCAGUGAUGUCUUCUGCGACCUUUGAUCUCCUUCAUGUGUGUUUGCCAUUGUACUGUUUAUACUGUAAAUGUGAAAUGAUCUCUGACAGACCCAAAUUAAAAUAUUCUAAAAUCCCAA